AUGCCCUCAACGUCCUCUACAUUUCUCGAUCCCUCAACCGCUCUUGAGCACUUGAAGACAUACAAUCACUCCGAUGGCUUAUCCGUAAACGAACUCAUGGACUCCCGUGUUAACGGGGGUCUCACCUACAACGAUUUUCUUCUUCUUCCAGGAAAAGUUAACUUUCCUGCUUCAGAUGUUAUCAUCGAAUCUCGUGUGACCAGGAACGUUGUACUCAAAACUCCGUUCAUGAGCAGUCCCAUGGACACUGUUACUGAAGGUGACAUGGCCAUCGCACUUGCUCUACUUGGAGGUCUUGGUGUUAUUCAUCACAAUCAAACACCCGCUUCACAAGCCGCAAUGGUUCGUGCAGUCAAAAGACAUGAAAACGGCUUCAUCUCCGAUCCCGUUGUUCUUUCUCCUUCCCAUACUGUCGCUGAUGUCCUUGACAUCAAAGCGAGACUUGGCUUCUGUGGUAUCCCUGUAACUGAUACCGGUAUGCUCGGCGGCAAGUUAGUCGGAAUCGUCACUUCGCGUGAUAUACAGUUCCGAGAACCAUCCUCGUCUCUAUCCGAUGUUAUGGUGACCGAUUUGGUUACUGCUCCUCAAGGAAUUACUCUUUUGGAAGCUAACGACAUCCUCCGCGAUUCGAAGAAAGGAAAACUCCCCAUCAUCGAUUCCAAAGGUCAUCUUAUCACCCUCCUUGCCCGAUCCGACCUCCUAAAAAACCAAUCCUAUCCUCUCGCCUCUAAAAAUCCGGAAACUAAGCAGCUUUAUGCUGCUGCAUCCGUCGGCACGCGACCUUCUGACAGGGAACGUCUUGCUCUCCUUGUCGAAGCGGGACUCGACAUUGUCGUCGUGGACUCUUCCCAAGGCAACUCGAUUUACCAGAUCGACAUGAUUCGAUUUAUCAAGGAGAAAUAUUCCAAGCUCGAAAUCAUCGCAGGGAAUGUCGUGACGCGCGAGCAAGCUGCCUCUCUCAUUGCCGCAGGUGCUGAUGGUCUCCGUGUUGGGAUGGGCUCUGGAUCUAUCUGCAUCACCCAAGAAGUCAUGGCUGUUGGCCGACCACAAGCCACUGCAGUGUAUGCUGUAUCCGAGUUUGCUAAUAAAUUCGGCGUGCCUGUCAUAGCUGAUGGUGGGAUUUCGAAUAUCGGCCACAUCGUCAAGGCGGUUACUCUCGGCGCUAGCGCGGUGAUGAUGGGUGGGCUCCUUGCAGGCACUGAGGAAGCGCCUGGUGAAUAUUUCUACCACGAAGGCAAGAGGGUAAAGGCAUAUCGUGGUAUGGGAAGCUUGGAAGCUAUGGAGCAGGGUAAGCCUGGCGUCCAACCCAAGGUCAACGGUGUGCAAUCCGGUUCAAGUAAAUACCCUUCCCCCAAAAAGGACAACGAUCUUGAAAAUGCUGCUACAUCUCGUUAUUUCUCCGAAAGCAGCGCUGUUAAGGUCGCCCAAGGCGUAAGUGGCGAUGUCCAAGAUAAGGGUAGUGUGAAAGCAUUUAUUCCUUACCUGUAUGUUGGACUUCAGCACUCGUUCCAAGACAUCGGUGUCAGGAGCGUGUCGGAACUUAGGGAAGGUGUAUCGAGCGGAAAAGUACGUUUUGAACUGAGGACUGCCAGCGCCCAGGUCGAGGGAGGGGUACAUGGUCUCAACUCGUAA